ACCCAGCACGGAGCCUGGAGCAGGGGCCAGAGGGACCAGAAACUCCCAUUCAAGUGGUGCUCAGGGUGCGUCCCAUGAGUACCACAGAGCUGCGUAGAGGGGAACAGAGUGUUCUGCACUGCUCAGGGACCCGGACUCUGCAGGUGAGCCCCCCAGGUGGAGGCCCCGACAUGGCAUUCCGCUUCCGUGCGGUACUGGACGGGACGUGCACGCAGGAGGACAUGUUCAGGGUGUGUGGUGUGAAGCGCCUGGGCGAGCUGGCACUGCGCGGUUUCUCCUGCACAGUCUUCACUUUUGGCCAGACGGGCUCUGGGAAGACUUACACUCUGACAGGACCUCCUCCACAGGGGGAACGGGUGCCCGUACCUCCCAGCCUGGCUGGCAUCAUGCAGAGGACCUUUGCCUGGCUAUUAGAUCGCGUGCAGCACCUGGGUGUCCCUGUCACCCUCCGAGCCUCCUACCUGGAGAUCUACAAUGAGCAGGUUCGGGACUUGCUGAGCCUGGGGACUCCAAGGCCUCUGCCUGUUAGGUGGAACAAGGCUCGAGGCUUCUAUGUGGAGCAACUUCGGGUGGUGGAGUUUGGCAGUCUGGAGGCCCUUAUGCAGCUCCUGCACUUGGGCCUCAGCCGCCGUAGGAGCUCCUCGCAUACCUUGAACCAGGCCUCCAGCAGAAGCCAUGCCCUGCUCACACUCUAUGUCAGCCACCCAACUCCUCAGCAGGUACCUCCUGUGGACCCUGGAGAGCCUCCUGUUGGGGGAAGGCUGUGCUUCGUGGACCUGGCAGGCAGUGAGAAGGUGGCAGCAACAGGAUCCCGAGGGCAGCUGAUGCUUGAGGCCAAUAGCAUUAACCGAAGCCUACUGGCAUUGGGCCACUGCAUCUCCCUUCUGUUGGACCCUCAGAGGAAGCAGAGCCAUAUUCCCUUCCGAGACAGCAAGCUCACCAAGUUGCUGGCAGACUCACUUGGGGGCCGUGGAGUCACCCUCAUGGUUGCCUGCGUGUCCCCAUCAGCCCAGUGCCUUCCUGAGACUCUCAGUACUCUGCGAUACGCAAGCCGAGCUCAGAGGGUCACCACCCGACCACAGGGGCCCAAGUCUCCUGCAGCAAAGCCUCCCCAGCAAGUAGAGGCUGAGCUGUUGCAGCUCCAAGAGGAGAAUCAACACUUGCGGUUCCAGCUGGAUCAAAUGCAGACCAAGGCACCAGGGAUCCACGGAGCCCGGGAGGCCUGGGCCCAGCGGAACCUCUAUGGGAUGCUACAGGAGUUUAUGCUGGAGAAUGAGAGGCUUAGGAAGGAAAUGAGACAGCUGCGGAGUGGCCGGGACCUGGCCCGGGCAGAGGUGCAUUUCCUGGCCCAGCAGGUUCAUGAACUGGAGAGGCACCUCCAUUCCGCUUGCUCCCUUCCCCAGCAGGGCUCUGCCCACGUGUGCCCCUGCUCGACGGGUCCAGCUGCCUCCUGCCACGCACUGCCACCCCUCUGCUCCUGCUACCACCUCUGUCCCCUGUGCCGAGUACCCCUGGCCCACUGGUCCUGCCCAUGGAGGGAGUGCUGUGAGCCACAAGCACAGGCGCUAGAGCCCAAGGCCCCAGGGCACAAGUCUCUGUCUGCACGGCCUGCACCCUGGGUACCAAGCCCUGGUUCUUCCAAGACCCCACGAGAGAGGUGCCACAGUGACUGGACACAGACACCAGUCCUGGCAGAGAUGCUGAUAGGGGAGGAAGUGGUACCCUCUGCACCACCCCUGCCCACCAGGUCCUCGAACAUGCCAUCCAUGCUAAGAGGAGGAUCUGGCAUCUCGAACCUGACCCAGAGGCUGGAGGCUUUCUCACAUCAGACAAGCAGCUCCCUGAACCUUGGCCAGAAGCAGCCACAGCCCACUGAGGGCAUGCAGAGUCCUGGCCAAGGCCUCUCUCCUUGUUAAA